UAGAAGAUUCAACAUCAUGGCCGUUGCCGGGGUUAUUGAUGAGCAUGGAAGGUUUCAGCCUAUGUUGGCCUUGCAGGAUUAUAAUAGUUCUUCAUUUGGAGGAAUUGAUACAGACAUCAACAUCUCAUGCGGGGAAAGCGGCUACAACACGAUGUCCGAUUCCACCAAUCCAACCCCGACGCCUGUAUCCAUACUCGCGCGCAUAUCGCUCAUGCCAGGUGGUGAGCGACACGGAUUAUCGCACUCUCCAAUUGUUAAAAAGAAGCGACAUGUUUGUACAUUUGAUGGCUGUGUCAGGGCCUACGGAAAAUUGUCUCACCUGAAGUCGCAUAUAAGGACACAUACAGGUGAGAAGCCCUACAACUGCUCCUGGCCCGACUGUGACAAGAAGUUCUCCCGUUCUGAUGAACAAAUCCGCCACCUGCGGACUCACACGGGCGAGAAACAGUUCCAGUGCCCACUGUGUGCCAUGCGCUUCAUGCGAAGCGACCACCUGCUUAAGCAUGCCCGCCGCCACCCUGGCUUCGAACCAUCCAUGAUCAGCCACAAGGGCAACCCAAUAAUGGACUAAAGGAGCCUAACUGUACUCCUUAUAGUCCAAGGACAUUACAUGCUGUUUAAAGGCAAAUUGGCUCUGGAAGCCAAAACAGCCAAAUACUCAAUCUAAACGUGAAUUGAUUCUCAAUACGGUUCUAGAAACAUAAAUCCCUUUAUUUUCAUUUCACAAAUACUCACUGUUUUAACUGGUUUUAACAGUUGCAGCUGACAGUAUGUUUUUUUUCAGUGACAACACGUUUGUGGCGUCCUUCUGUUUACACACAGGUGUUCGGAGACAGAUUGCUAAUGGGCACAGGUAGUCCACUCAGUCUUCUGUCUUUUCCGUAAACAAGCACUAACAUAGAAAUAAGGCUGUGUGGGAACCCUAACCCUAUGUAAUUGAACUGUGAGUCAUGAUCAAGGGCUACCAUAAAGGGGGGGAGGUAGGGCCUGGGGUGUAUUCAUUAGUCAGAUUUAAUAGAAAAAUGUUUGGUAUGUUGCAAAACAUUUUGCAACAGUUUACUCCAAACAGAAAAUGUUUUGAAAUGAAAACAAGUUUCUGUUGGACAAAUUCAGGUAGGCCCCUUCCUGUUUGGUUCUGUUUAGUUCCUGGAGUAAACGGUAACCGUUGCAAAACAUUUUGCAACAGACCAAACGUUUUGCAAUUGAAUCUGACUAAUGGUUGGACCCCUGGUCAGACCAAUGGAUCUCCACUGGAAGCAAAGGUGCGGGAUAGGAGAGGAAGAGGUUCUGUAGCCAUGCCCUGGUCCCAGAUCUGUCUUAAGACAACUCCUUUGACUAUUGUCAUGAUGCCAUACAUUCAUGUUUGGCUUGACAAGGACCACACGUGGCACAGCAGAGUUGGCUAAAUCACACAUACAGAUGGGACUUGGCUACUGUAGCCUACUUCACUCAGCCUGUCUCAUAACUCGUAUUAUUGAUGAUCAAUACCCACUGGUUAGGUUUCGUUAAUGCUAAGAUAAUAGGUAAUGUUUAAGUUUUGUACGUUUUAUAGCUUUUGGUAUAGUGGAGAUAAUAGUAAGAUUACUGUGGAUAGCAAUUGUUUAUGGAACAGUUCUUAUAUUUGGUAAACUUACUGCUGGUACUGUACUAUAGAUAUGUUAAACCGUUUGUGUGUUAAACUGAGCUCUGAGCUCAAUAAUGGCACUAAGUUUUUUUAUGAUUUAUUUUAUCCCUUUGGUGCAAUUUUCACAAGUAUGUUGUACAUUUUCACAACGCUUUGUACCAAACUCAAAACAGAUCAUCAAAAAGGCAGUUUCACAAGUCUUAGCACAUUAUUCGAUUGACUAAGUACAACGCAAUCAUACAGUCCGUUUUUCAUCUAGAAAUACAUGUUCGUAAUUGCCUUUCACAAUGCAAUGCUCACAUUACUUUUGAUAUGAUUGUCUUCUCAUUUGUUUAAAUACAUUUAAUUGACUUAAUCAGACUGCUCUUAAUUGAUAAUCACUUAACCAUUUGGUAAACCUAUAUAAUGGUUUGUCUGCAACAUUUUGAGAAUAAUGAAUGUAUGUUUAAGGUAUGAACAUAAAGUAUGAUAUACUGUAAUGUAAUAUUAUGAAUGAUUUUACUUCAGUAAGUUCAAAUAAAUCUGAUAUUAAGAUCAGAUGUAUUGUAUGUAAUGCAUCCCCUAUACAGUAAAC